UGUUUACAAAAAGUGUUAGGAGGCUCAGCUUUCGGUUUUAUAGUAGAUCUAGAUAAAUUAGGAUACAAUAACACAUUUUAAAAAAUAAUGGAAGGUAUAAAAUUAAUUGAAUCUACUGAGCUUUACAAUAUGCUCCAACAAGGUUUGAAUCAUUCAUAUUUAAGUGAUAUAAACUACCUCCUUUUAAUUGAUGCUAGAAACAAGAAUGAAUACAAUGAAAGUCACAUAAUGACAGCGAAAAAAGCACCAAAAAAUGAGGACAAUAAGUUUAUGAUCCCAUAUGAUGCUGAACUGGAGUGCAAGAUACAUGUUGUGGUCUACGACAGCAACACAUCAGCGCUAACAGUAUCAACACCUGCUUUAGAUUGUGCAAAUUUAUUAUGGAAAACUGGCAGCAGAAAUCCAGUCAUGAUACUCAAAGGUGGCUAUGAGGAGUUCUCUGCACUCUAUCCUUUUCUGAGGACACAAAAAAUUAUCUUUACACCCAGGGAAUUAGAUGCAAUUGAAUCUUACCCGAUAGAAGUACUUCAGGGUCUCUUGUAUGUAGGGAACUGGAGGCAUGGCAACACUCCACACAUUCAGAAGCACUUGAAAAUUAAAGGUCACAUCAAUUGCUGUGUGGAGGCUGAAACUUUUUUCUCAGAGCCUGGGACACACCUACUUCACAUUCAAGUGGAUGACAACAUGGAAGCAGACCUGUUUAGUCACUUCAAGUCUGCCUGUGAAUUCAUAGACACUCAUUUUGAGGAAGAAUUUGCUGUGCUUGUGUUUGGCCUUCUUGGUAUUGGUCGAUGUGUGACAGUGAUUAUAGCCAUUCUUAUUCAUCAUUUUAAAUGGACUUUACAGGAGGCCUAUAGUCACAUGAAAAAAUGUAAUGAAGCCAUCAAACCUAACCAAAGCUUCAUGGAACAACUGUCGCAGUGGGAAGAGGAAAUCCAUGGCAGCAAAAUAACUGAUCUAGAAAGUAUUAACUAUUGAAAAAGAUUUCAAGUUGGCAACUGUUGCAUUUUCAGACAAAAACAGUAUCUGCUGCUAAGCAAUAAGUAACCCUGGUAUCAUGUAUCGUUUUAUUUUAUUAUUAAUUAAUGUUUAAUAUUGUACAAUUUUUGUUUUAAAUUAAAGUUUUGUGAACUUUG